AAAUUCGAAGUAAUUUAAACUCUGUAGAUGAUAUUAAGCAGUGGGUGAAUGAAUAUGGUUCUUUAACAAAUACUCACUGGAUAGCAAGAAGCUCCAUUCCAGCAGGAACCAAAAUUUUGUGUUCAAAAAAGUAUGUUUGUCAUCAUAGUAGUUUCCAAAAGGUUUCUAAAGAAGACAAUAAGAAAGGAAACUCAAAAAAUGCUAUGUGCCCAGCAUAUAUAUUGUGUAGUAUAAAACUUCGUACACCAUGGACAAAAAAAACAGAUGUUUAUGUUAAGGAAGGUUUAUUGGCUUCUAUUAAAAUACAUUCAAAUCAUGGACAUACACUACAGACUGCCGAGACAUUAAGAUUUUUACCAGCUGACAAUAAUCUGAAGAGUACAUUUAUUGAAUAUUUUAAUAAUGGUUUGGGAAUUAUUGAAUCAUCUAAGUACCAUGAAAAUGUAUUGUCCUUGAAACAUGGUUUUAAGCAACAGGAUUAUGCCAAUGGUUCACUGAAUCCAACAUAUAGAUGUGUACAAAAUUGGUAUGAAACAUGGCGGCUCAAUAAUCUAGGUCCACGUAGUGGUUCUGGAUUAAUUGAAAAUCAAAAUCCAUUUGCUGUUGUUAUACUGACUCCUAUGAUGAAAAGAGCACAUCUACUAAAAACAUCAAGUGAUAUUGUCUUUGUGGAUAGUACAUCAGCAUGUGAUCCAGAAAAUCAUACCAUAACAUUUGUAUUAGCACCUUGUGCUGCAGGAGCUGUACCAUUAGGCAUUAUAAUCACUCAGGGUCAAAGUUAUGAUGCAUAUAAUAACGGAUUCAGUUUAUUGAAAGAAGCUCUUCCGGAAAAUAAAAGUUUUGGUUCUUGUGGAUAUCCUAAAAUUUUUAUGACUGAUAAUUCUUCUGCUGAAAUUAAGGCUCUUCAUAAUAAUUGGCCAAACAGUAGACAUUUAUUGUGCAUAUUUCAUGUGCUUCAAGCAAUUUGGCGUUGGUUAUGGGAAGCAAAAAAUAAUAUACCAAAAGAAAGCAGACAAAUUUUGAUGAAGAAAUUCCAAAUUACUUUAUAUGCUAAUACUAUUGAAAAAGCAGAACAAGCAUAUCUAGACACAAAAAAUCCCAACUAUGCAAAUUGGAAUAAAUAUAUUAGCACAUACUGGGAAUUUCGAUCAAAAUGGUGUCUUGCGUGGAGGGAUGCAACUGUCAAUGGUCAUCAAACAAAUAACUUUUCUGAAAUAACUGUUAGGAUUUUCAAGGAUAUAGUUUUAUCGAGAGUUAAGGCAUAUAAUGCAAUUGCAUUAAUUGAUUUUGCUUGUACAGUUUUGGAAGAAUAUUACUGUCGCAGAUUCAGAGAAUUUGCAAACUCCAGAAAUUGUAAAGCUAGACUUUUUCUUCAGUCACAAUCAAAAAAAGCCAGUACAAUUAAACCAGAAAAUGUAAUCCAAAUUUCAGAUAUUGAAUAUAAAGUUGUAACUUCUGAUGAUAAGACUUAUGACAUAAAUACAAGUGUAGGAAUUUGCUCAUGUGAUAAGGGACAAUUUGGAUCAUUUUGUGCUCACCAAUGUGCUGUUUAUUCAUAUUAUGAUGUUGUAUCGAAAAAUUUUCCUCCAGUCACACCAGAAGAUAAACAUACCAUUUCGGUUCUUGCCCAAGGUGAUAAAUCUCUACCAAUUUCAUUCUUUGAAUCUUUUUUACCAAAUUCUUCUUCUGCACAUUCCAUUUCUAAUAACUAUACAGAGUCGAAUAUUGAAAUCCAAUCUGAAACUGUGAAAGAACUAUUACCAGUAAUAAAAAAAUGUGAUGUACCAGAAACAUCACAAACAGAUGAAAGUGUAUCAAUGAAAAAUAUUAUUUCUUUAAUGACAAAUUUAGAUGAGAAAUAUAAUUCUUCUACGUCAGGUCUAAAGAUGAUUGAAUGUCGUUUAAAAAAAAUUACAUCAGAAGGAAUGUGGGAAUCAUUUUUACACACUGCUGGAGGGGCAUCUGUACCACUUCGUAGAAGAUCUGGAACUACAAUUAAAGUUCAACCUACCACAAUUGCUAGGCGUUCAUUAACAUUAACAAGAGGUAGUAAACGUUUUCCAGUUGGGCGGCCAGCAAAACAGGAAAAAUUAAUAAAUAAAAGAAAAAGAAAUCUAGGACACAAUAUUAAAAAUAACCUCCCAAAUGCAAAGUCACAUGGACGUGGACAUUAA